AUGGCUCUUGUCGCCUUGAAAGUCAAAGGCGCCACCCACGGGUUCAUCGACCUCGAGGACAAGACUGGCGAACAACGAGCCAUAGUCUUGAAGCUCACGAAGCACGCCGUCACAGUCAUCAAGAGUAGCCACGAGGAGAGGGGAUUGCGGAAGUUGACAUCGUGGAGCAGAAUGAGAGCGACAGUAUUUUAUCAAGAAUUGUCUGUGAAGCCGAAAGGAAAGGUUAAGAAAUGUGCUUUCAAUAUCGAAGCGAGUUGA